GUGUUUAGGCCUUUUGGGCAUCGCCAUCUUCAUUUUUUUCUGUAAAGAAUUUGGGCGAUUGACGCUGAGAUCGGUGAAAUCGGAGGGGACAGAAAUGGGUUAUGUGCUGCGGGUUAGACUGGCUUCAUUCUUCACCGGCGCGGCGCUGGCAUCCGCCGCCGGUCUCUAUUAUCUCCAGAAGGAUUAUGCAAUUGCCCACCACGCCAUCUCUCAACAGAUAGAUAACACUUACAAGUCACUGGACGAACGUGUGUCGGCAUUGGAGCAGUUGAAAGCAGAUGAUGCACCAAAGGCUGUGGAACCUGCUGACUCUGCCUAAUUGAAUGAGGUUUUUUUUUGUAGUAGCAAUAUAUUGCAACAGUUCCAUCCAGAUCAUGCGGAUUUCCGAAUAAAUGUUAUGCAAUUUCACCUGUUAUUCUGUUUUUUUUUUUCAUUUUACUUUAUUCAGGCUCUGCCUCAUACUUACUGGAAUAUGGAAAUGUUUUAUUUCAGCCUCUGGAAUAAAUUUGUAACAUUAACCA